GUUACUACCGGUACUGGUACCGGUACCUGCCCACCCCUAACAGGAACUACUGGAGUAAACAAUGGACAGUUGCUCUGGCCACAAGGGGACAUUUCUUCUUUUUGACUAAUUUCUUAAUGAAAACAAGAAUGUUAAUUCCUUGAGGUUGGCUGUUAAUAGACCCCAGACAGGUUCCUCAUCCGACCUCAGGAAGCUACUGCAACAUGUCAUUCGAGGCAGCGAAGGUGGUGGUGGAACCAGCAUCAUGCCUUAAUGAUGAGGCUGUGAGUCUUAGUGUGGAUGGCCUUGAACCUGGACAAGGUAUAACACUGGAAGCAUCGAUGACUGACGGUCGAGGAGCUCCAUUCUUUUCAUAUUCACAUUACAAAGCAGAUGAUAAUGGACGUGUGGAUGUCAACACCAUGGAGUCCCUUGGUGGUUCUUACAAGGGACUGUUUCCCAUGGGUCCCAUUGCCUCCCUGUCUCCAAUGUUACAGAAACAUAAAAACACUCGAUUCUUUAAAAGAGAUGUGAAGCCAAAUUUGGUGACUCUGUCAGCUUUUAAGGGCCAUCUAAGUCAUGACGAAUUACUGGAUGAAAACAGAAGGGAACCGUUGUCAACAACCAGCCACACAAGGCACUACAUGGCUCCAGGAGUCCAGCGAAUCCCAGUCCAUUAUGGAAGCGUGCGUGGAUGCCUGUUUCUACCACCAGGUAACGGUCCAUUUCCUGGUGUCAUUGAUUUGUUUGGCGUUGCUGGAGGCUUGCUGGAGUACCGUUCAGCUCAGCUUGCAUCUCGUGGCAUUGUUUCAUUUGCUCUGGCCUACUUUGGAUAUGAUGACUUGCCCAAGACUUUUGAAGAAUUAAAUAUUUCUUACUUUGAGGAGGCAGUACAGUUUCUGCUGGAACACGAAAAGGUUGUAAAACCAAAUCUGGGUGUUCUUGGUGUGAGCAAAGGGGCAGACCUGGCUUUGUCCAUGGCCACGUUUAUCCCAGAAGUCACAGCUGUUGUUUCCAUUAACGGCUGCAUCAGUAGUGUGGUGUCCAAGCUUAACUUACAUAACGGUGCAAUACCUGGAUUAGAAUUUGACACUGCAAGAGUAGAGAUCAAGAAUGGUGUCAUGGACAGCUAUGAAGCUAUGAACAACCCAUUGGACUACCCUGAAACAAUCAUCCCUAUUGAAAAGGCAAAUGUAGAUUUCCUUUUCCUAGUUUCUCGUGGCGACAGGAACUGGAAAUCUGAAAUGUAUGCAGACAUAGCAGUCGAGCGUCUGGAAAAAGCUGGUAGAAAAAAUUACAAGGUUCACAAGUACCCUGGGGCUGGUCAUCACAUUGAACCACCAUUCUUUCCGUUCUGCCAGGCCUCUUACCACAGAUCUGCGGGACGGAAUGUUCUGUGGGGAGGCAAACUGAGACCUCAUUUAGAGGCUGAGGUACAUGCAUGGGAGGCUACUUUGGGGUUCUUUAGGAAGCACCUUCUGAAUUCUGGAGUUCAUAAAGGAAAGCUGUGACUUUCAUAAUGUACCUUGCCAGCCUUAUGCUUUAAAGUAUCAAAACAGAAUGUAGUGUGUAUACACUGGGGAAUGGCAAAUGAGAUGUCAGCUUAUCAUGUCUCAUAAUAUCUACAAAAUGGACACUUUUCAUUUUCCUGUCUGUAUACAGGGAAAACUUUUACGAAUGAUUUUACUAAUGUUAAUAAUAAUAACAAUAAUAAUAAUAAUAAUAAUAAUAAUAAUAAUAAUAAUAAUAUACGUUUUUUUUUUUAGGAAUAAGCAGCUCGAGAGCUGAAAAUAUACAUAUUAUAUAAGGAGAGCAUUGUAAUAUUGCAGACUUAAAAUUAAGCUAAAAGUAAAGUGUAUGUGUUGAAUGAAAACUUGCUUUAACCAA